CAAGCAUUAAAAACACACGCGGCACCGCGGCGAUGGCAGGAAGGCAGGCGCAUUACAGCACAUCUGGAUUUCACCACAUAAACAACAAAACAACAAAAAAAUGCCCCUAAUGAUAAUGAACCUAUUCCCUUAUCCUUCACAAACCACUUUAUCCACCAUGAAUGAUACUACCUGUACAGAACACUAGACUGAAGCAGUGACUUCCAGAGCCUGCCAGACUUCUCAUCUCAGGAGGGCAUUCCCUCUUUUGUUAGUUUGGAUUCCAGCACAUGGAAACCCUUGACUGCAUCCUGUUUUAGUGCUGAACAUUACAGUUUAUCUCACACAGUUUACACUCACAGCCAUGCCGAAAGAAGAUCUCAGCUGCAAGAUCAGCUCGGUUUACAAGCAUAAGGAGCGCAAGCCCAAGAAGCCCCAUUACAUCCCUCGGCCAUGGGGCAAGCCAUACAACUACAAGUGUUUCCAGUGCCCCUUCACCUGCAUGGAGAAAUCCCACCUCUACAACCACAUGAAGUACAGUCUGUGCAAGAAUUCACUCUCCCUGCUCAUCGAGUCUGACUGGCCCUACAAGAAAGGUAACAUUCUGCCCCCUGACCAACUCCGCCCAGUCCCUCCUGGGACCCUUCUGAGGGGGAGAGAUGAGGCAGAGCUCGCCCAUGAAGCCCUGCAGGACGACCACCUCAGGGGAGAGAGGGAGGAUCCUGACGAGGGGCGGGAGCAUAAAGAAGGGGAGGCUCCACCUUCCAAAGAGGACCAGGAGGAGCCUCACAGUAGCAGCAGCAGCAACAAAGGUGGCAAGCAAGCAGAGGGAAAUUUUGUGAUCACGGAUGUCUUCUCCUUGGAGGAUCAUCCCCUCAAUGCCAGGGAAGUGGAUACCAAACUGAAGCACUACAAGCUCUCCAAUAACUGUCAAAGUGGCCCCAGCCUACUCUCAGAGCAGUGGCGUCUUCUGACCACCAGACACAGGAAGAGUAACCCUGAGGGUUCACUACCAUGUCCUGACGGGGGAUCCAUACCAUGCUACCCUCCACCCCCAGCCUUCGCAGACUGCCAGGACCCUUCCGGACUUAAUCUGUCAGUCCUGGGGGUCAGCUACCCUCUGAGCCCAGGCUUGUUCUCCUACAGCAACCCUACAGUAGCCCAUGCCCAACUUGCCCAGCUGCCCUUCUUGGCAUCGGCUGCGCAGCUCAUGCAAACUCCCUCCACCGCCCUCCAGCAAGCAGACCAGGCCAUCCUGCCACCCCACUUCUACUACCCGCUACUCUGUGAACAUGCUUUUGGUUCUACUCAGGACCCUGGAAAGGGGGCUAAACCAGGUCAAUCCUCCCCAGCCAGUAUGGAACCCAAACCCCCCCCUACCUUCCCAAAAUCACCAAAAAUCAGCCUCUGGAAACUGCCAGCACUGCGUCCCACCACUGCCACUGCCAUCCCACCCCCAGCAUUGUGGUCUGCCCACCAUCAGACGGCGUUAUCCUCAGAGGCUGGCUACAGAACAGUAGAGGAGAAGCUCCAAGCACCCGGCAAGGGUGGCAAAGUGGGAAGCUGGAGCCACAAGGCUGCGGUGGAAGUGACGUCACUGAGAGAGAUAGGUAGCAAGCACACAGGUGCGCCCCUAGAGAGUGAGGAAGCCCCCCCAGAGAAGAAGCCUCACUUGGGAUGCACACUGGACCUCUUGAAGAACCUCCAGGACAACCCAACAUUUUCCGCUGCUGCAGGCCAACUCUUCCACAACAGUUUCCAAACAGCUCUCCACAAGUCCAUGCCUCCAGAAGAGUGGUACUCAGACCUCAGAAAGUACCAGUCCGAGAGCCUGGAGAAAGCAGCUCUCCCUCCCAGGCCUCUGUCCCCCUUGAAGCCUGGCAAGGCACUGAAGAACGGAGCAGGUAGGCGGGAUAAACUGGACAAGUCAGCGGUCCUGCUGGGGGACCUCUCGAAAGCACUGCAGGAGUACCAGGAGGCGGAGAGGAAGAUUGCUAAUCUGGUACAAGAUCAUGUCCCAGGGCAACGCUACCUGAGAGAGCAUCUCUGCAAGAUCCGCAGUGAGUUGUCACACAUCCACCAGGCACUUGAGAAGACAACCAGGCAGCCAGAAGGACCCCUGGAUCUCUCUGUCAAGAAGACUGUGGAACCAGCAGGGGCCAAAAAAGGUCAACGGUCUCAGGGCAAGGGAUGUCUCCCAGAGGAAACAGAGGAGGAAGAAGAAGAGAAAGCAGUAGAGAGCGAGUCAGAGGGUCUGCCGCAGGAGUCUCAGAGUCAGUCUCUUAAACUGCUGAUCAAAAUGAGCCGUGCCUCUGAACUGAGCCUGGGAGCUGUGGUGAAGACAGAGGUGGUCUCGCCCAGUGGGCUACGACCACCCCCUCCCGAGGCCCUGUGGCCCAGCCGGACUACGAAAUGCGAGGCAGACUCCAGUGUACUGCUGUGCCCUGAUGGUCGAGCCACCUCCCUGGUCUUCACAGAGUUCACCCCCUGCUCCAAGAGCAUGAAGCGACCCUCUUCCAGAGAUCUUUCAGGGGAGACUCUUUGCCCUCACAGCCCCCUUAGUGCCGACCCCUAGGAGCUCCCUGACCAGCUGACACUGGCACUAUUGCAUGGGACAUUCCAGAGGAGAGCACCAAACAAUUGGCCUGUCUCCACUCUACCGCCAAUGAAAUAACACUGGAAAUUAGCCAUUUCCCAUAAUCAGCCUGUGGCUCGUACAGUAUUGGACUUAUCAUAGCAAUGCCAGGAGAAGCGGAGCUGGGGGGCAACGGAGAGGACAAGCGAGGUCUGCUGAGACUGAGAUUUGAUAUAUUGAGAGAAGCCAUAGCAGUUAAAUCAUUCCUCUGAACUGACAGAAUAGUAGCCAUAAAGCUUCUCAUGGUCCCUAAACAAAAUUCAGGCUGUCCCAAAACAUGAUAUGCCAGGAGGCUUGGGUAUCAAGGAGGUCCAUGUUAUCCCUAUACUCAAAGGUACAGACUCUUUAUAGGGGUUCUGGUAGUUUAAGUACAUGCAGGAUGUCAAACUAACUGUGAAUUGUUUGCUCAGAAGCAAGCCUGCCCCUAACGUCUUUGCAGAAGGAGGUAUUGAAAGCCAUAUGGGAGCCUCACUGACAAUGAUGGAACACACUGCCCAACAUAAAAACCCAUCGCUUCAACCAAAAUGACGCCUGCACAGUAUUUUAGUGUUCCGUUUUGGAACUGGGUUUCCAUGUCCAGACCAGAAUGAUUGAAUAUUAUUGGUGUGCCGAGCUGGGAAUUUCAGAGAUACUGAAUUGUGAUUAAGGACAAUGAGAUCCUUUCAUCACAGUAGUGGACAUUUACAAGGGGACUCUUUCUGAGCUGAAUCAGAUUGUAUGUACAUGGAACUUCUGUGCAACUAGUGUAUGGUCUUAUGUUUUAUAUUAUUUAAUAUUUAAUUAUUCAAUUUAUUUAAUUAUUUAACUAUUUAACUUUGAAUUGACCCCAUUGUGUAUCGGAUCAUGGGUAAUAAGAGGAAAGUAACAGCACCCCUGUGGGAAUAUUUAGAGAUUCAUGGACAGAGUAUGACAGCACUGGAGAAUGAGGCCCUCUGUCUGUCUGUCUGUCUGUCUGUCUGUCUGUUUGUCCACCAGGCACAAUGAGUUUAGUGCCUGUGAAGGGUGAAGGGUUGAGGGGUUGAUAGCACUGGUGUUUACAUUCUCAUUCCACGGGAGAGUUGUAUAAAAGGCUGUGUACAUUUUCAUUUUCCUAGAGGUGCAGAUGACCCCUUACAAACAAGUUUUUUACUCCCUAUUUCCUAUUUGAGCAGAACUGUUUAUGCCAAAUGGUUUAUUUAUUUUCCAACAGAUUAAAUAAAUACAUCUAUAAAACCUUUUUUUUUGGUACAUCCUAUUAAAGAAUUGAAUGAAAUUCCAAGGACUUUUAGACUAAGAUGUACUUUUCUCACAAUAAAAAUGUUUUUUGUCAC